UCAAAAACUUCAAACUUAACACUUCGAUAGAAUCAUUUUCACACAAAAACAAAAUAAAAAGAAAACAAAAAAAAAAAAGAAAAGAAAAAUAAAAUAAAAUAAGAGAAAGAAAACAAAAGAGAAAAUAUGCAUAAAGGUCAAUAAAAGCUAAAUCGAAAAAAUGUUGUGAAAUAUGUUCUGGAAAAUAUUGUUGUUUAAAGAAAAUUUAAAAGAAAAGUGUUCUCAUGAGUCUAGCAAAUUGAUGUAAAUGAAGUGUGUUCUAAUUUAGUAGUGUUGGUGUGUAAUUAAAAUCAGCCGCAGCAGCAGCAUAUCAAAUUGGCAGCAGCGCGUCAGGGCCGCUGGCAGAGCAGCAGGGCAAUAGCGCAAAAUACAGACAACCAACUAUUGUUUGUCUUAAAAAAAAAAAGACUAAAUUACUAUAGAGUGGGAUACAACAAUAGAGACUCUUUGUGCCUGGCGGUACUACUACAACCACUAACACAUGUGCGGUGGACAAUUUAUCCCAUUCGGCAAAAUAAAACCAACUAGGCACUGAUAUUAAAAAUAAAGCGUAUUUUUAAUUCAGACGACACCACCAAGUGUAAAUCAAAUCAGACGGAAACCGGAGAACAUCAAUUCUGUGCGACGACAACGACUGACGACGACAAUGCCGAUGAUGAUGAUGACACUAAUGGGUACAAGCUGGCACUUGAUAACAAUGCUGCUGUCAAUGGAGAUGAUGAUACUGUUGCCUUUGAUGUCUAGUUUGGUGAUGCAAGUAAUGUAAUUGCCCAGCGAAUUUUAAAAAUAGCCAGAAUAUCUAUAUUAAGUUGCCAGCUAUAGACUGUGGUGCUGGCUGGCUACUUCCUGCCAUCCAAUCGUGUCAUUGUUUUAAUGCAAACGCAUUUUAAUUGACAUGAUGCGUUAUUCGGAAAUCUCCAGGGAUUUGUCUAGCGAUAAUUUACGCUAUGUUGAAUUUGUUGGCCAAAACGAUGAUGAAUGUCCCAGGGAAGCAUCACCGUUGAGUGAUACCUCAAACGGUAGUGGUCCACUGAUGGUAACACAUUCACCAGCUGCUGCUGGCCGUGCCGUGCCAUCGUGUCGUCGUCACAAUCACAAUAUACGUACAAAACGUUUAUACAUUGACGAUGAGGCCGAUGAUGACGAUGGCGAUGAUGAUGACCAGCAUGAUGGCAAUCAGUAUCACCAAUACGAUAAUAUAUCAUUGGGUAAUAAUCGCAGUAAUUUCAGUGGCUUCUAUGCUGGACUGCGUAACUCAAAACGUUUUUCCAGUGGCAGUGGUAGCAAUAGUUCGGUAAAUGGUACCGCAAAUGGUGCUGCCACCAUAGGCUAUGUGCGUCACCGCAAGGAUAGUACACAUUCGACCCAGAGUUGUCAAUUUGAAAGCGAGUCACCGCACAAGCAUCACCACAAUGCGAGUGGCAUUAGUAAAUCGCUGAAUAUCAAAGGGCGACGUAAACAUUCAAUUGGUUGCCUAAAUGCAUUUUCAUCAUCACCCGAUUCUCCCGGCAACUACUAUGGUGUGGGCUGUGGACCACCUGAAUUAAAAUCAAACAGCCUACCCGGCCACACCUCAAGCAAAUCCUCUUCAUCCUCAUUGGAUGCCACCAUAUUAAGUGCUUUACGUAUACCCGCCGAUGAAUUAGCCAAUCAAUUGACCUUAUUGGAUUUUCCUGUUUUUGCUGCCAUACAACCCGACGAGCUGACCAGUUGUGCAUGGACCAAAAAGGAGAAACACACCAUAACACCGAAUAUUGUUGCAUUUACCAAACGUUUCAAUCACACCAGUUUUUGGAUAGUCCAGGAGAUAUUGAGCGGAGAUCAGCCGAAACAAAGGGCCGAGAUAUUGGCACAUUUUAUAAAGGUCGCCAAGAAACUCCACGAACUCAACAAUCUCCAUUCCCUGUUUGCCAUCAUUUCGGCUAUGCAGAGCGCCAGCAUAUAUCGCCUCAAGAAAACCUGGGCCUAUUUGGCCAAAAAAGAUAAACAUAGCUAUGAGCGAUUAAGUGAUAUUUUCAGCGAUCAAAAUAAUUGGGAAAAUUUACGAGCCUAUUUGGAAAGUUUACGUUUACCCUGUAUACCCUAUUUGGGGCUAUUUCUUACCGAUUUAAUCUACAUCGAUUUGGCAUAUCCGCAAAAGAAUGGCAUCGAACCAGAACAACGAAGAAAUCGUAUGAAUAAUAUACUACGUGUUAUAUCGAAUUAUCAAGAAUCGAAUUAUAGCAACAUACAGCCGAUAGAGUCUACACAGAAAUAUUUGACAUCGAUACGUUACAUUGAAGAAUUGCAAAAUAUCUUUGAGGAAGAACAAUAUAAAAAAUCCUUAAAACUAGAACCCAUUUCCCCUUUGGCACCCAGCUCGUCUUCGUGUAGCUCCAAGGAGUCAUUCAAUGUGGAUGUUGUUACCCCAGCACUGGCAUGCCUAAAUCUCUCACCCGCCAAAACGGCAGGCUCUGUACGUUUACCCAGUUCCUCUGCCGUUAAAUUUAUACCCGGUCAUCGUAAAUGCCGUAGUUUGGGUACCAAUAUUUUUGGUAAAUCGAAUGCCGUUAGCAGCAAUAAUGAAGUUAUGAACAAUACCUUGGCCAAUGGUGUUAGCCAUCACCACCAUCACUAUGAUCUACAUAUACAACCACGACAUUUAUUGGAUGAUUCGGUACUGGAACAGCCGCAAAGUUGCAAUGGUGCGGGUGGUGGCGUUGCCACGCCCAAUGGAUCCAUACAUUUGGGUGAAAACGCUGUGGACAUGUUGAAAUGUCAUCUACAUGAAGUCAGUCAACUACAAAUACCCACUGAUGAGGAGGGCGCUGGUAAUACGCUCCAGGGUUGUGUAAGACGUAAAACGGUGCAAAAAGAGGGACGUAAACCGGCCGUGGCCUCAUGGCAACGUUACUAUAUCCAGAUCUGGGCCAACUCAUUGGUUUAUUUUCCACCUAAAUCAUUUAAGGGCAGUGAACGCAGCGAUUUCAAACGGGAACCCUGUAAGGUGUGUCCCCUUGAAGGCUGGUAUGCCCAGGUGGUUAUUAAUCCCAAACAUAAAAACACUUUUGAACUGUAUCACAGGGCUUUGGGAACAAUUUAUAAAUUUCGCACGGACAGUCCACAGGCCACCCAGUUGUGGUGUAGUACGAUUUGUAAAAUUGCCCUGCAACAAAAUAAUAAGACACAAAAGGCGUUGCCUGUGAAUUUAAUGUCUUUCGAAUAAGUUUUGGAAAGCAAUAUACACGUAUAUAUACUAUGGGGCAAUCUAAUUGUCUUUCGGAGAUGGUGUAAGGCUUAACAAAACGCGUCGUAAAAUAAUAAUGCAAACUACUUAAAUGGAAAAUCUAACCGGCCAAAAUAUGAAAAAAAGAAAUAGAAAAUGAUAUAUCUAUAUAUAUUUUUUUGUGCUACUCUCUGUAUGUUACGUUGUUAAUUUAAGUAGUUAUGUAUGUGUUUAUUGGAGAGAGGGUAUAACUAUACUAUUUGUAUAUCGGGUUUUGAGAUAGCUUAGUAAAGAAAACAAAAAAAAAAUGGAUAUUUAUAACCACCACUCACAUAUACACACAUCCUACUCACCUAAUAUUAUAUUAAGCUUUAUGCCAAAAAAAGAAAAGAAAAUCAAGCGGGGAGUUACUCCCCAAUUUUCCCUACUCACUAAACAUAAUACUCUUAGAUUACAAGGUGCUAUAACAGGGGAUUGAGGAUCUAAGAGGGGAAAUUGUAAUUGUAGUUUGAAAAUUAUCAAUGUAGUAAUAAAAAGAGGGGUGAUAGAUAAUUAUCAAAUAUCAUUUUUUAUAAACAUUUUAAAUAAUUAUUUUAUUAAGAUAAUUAGGACCUGUUUUUGUGUGAUGUUACAAAGGAGAUUGCCAAAGGAAAACACCAUUCAUGGCCUCUUUCUGUGGAACAAUUUGGUAGGGAACUCGAAGAAAAGCACUUUCCCUUGUAUUUUAUUCAAGUUUUUAAUUUCUAUUUAUUUUGAAGAAUACCCAAGAAUUUGAGAUUUUCUUUCGAGUUCACCUUCAAAUCGUCCAACAGAAACAGACAUUGAAAAUGUUUUUUUUUUUCGAGUUUUUUUUUGAACUAAAAAAGAAAAUAAAAACUUGGAAUGCUCAUUUGAUAUGAUGUCUAUCUUUUUCAUUAACUUUCCUGCCGUCAUACAGAAGAAAGAGGCCCUCAGAUAUUAAAAUUUGGUUUUGCUUGAAAAUAAGGUAUUUGUUUCAAUAGAAUUCUGAUAUUUUAUACCUUUAUAAUAUAAAAUCUCAAUAACAUAUAGGACCCCGAACGUUUUUAUACCCUCAGCCAUAUGGCUACAGAGGGUAUAUAUCAUUUGAUACGGCCAAAACGUGCACAUCGAAAUAACGGUUUUAGACCCUAGGUCUCUUUGAGCCAAAUUCGUUUCAGGGGAUUUGGAGUCGAUCUAGCGAUGUCCGUCUGUCUGGCUGGUGCGAACGAUAACUCUCGAAGGGAUUUGGUCCAAACUUGGUACAUCGUAAUAUUUUUGUGAAACUUAGAUCGAGUUCGGAGAUGGGCAAUAUUGGUCUACUCCUUCUAGUACCUUCUCCACAAAAGGUCGAAUUUUUCAAAAAAUAUAUAUUUUCUGCAUAGAAAGAGAAACGAUAAUCCGAUUUUACUCUAACUUUGCAAAUUCUAAUAUUUCUGUCAGUGCUAAGUCAGAUGUGAAAAUGGACAAUAUCGGUCCACUCCAUCAAGUACCUCCCCCACAAAGGGCCAACAUUUUGAAUAAAUUGUGAUUUAAGGGUCCGAUUGUCUUCAAAUUUCACACAUCCAAAUGUUUUUAUUAACCCAAGGUCUGGUGUAAAGCUGAAAUACAUCGGUACACUCCUUCUGGUACCUCCCCACAAAUUCUAAUAUUUCUGUCAGUGCUAAGUCAGAUGUGAAAAUGGACAAUAUCGGUCCACUCCAUCAAGUACCUCCCCCACAAAGGGCCAACAUUUUGAAUAAAUUGUGAUUUAAGGGUCCGAUUGUCUUCAAAUUUCACACAUCCAAAUGUUUUUAUUAACCCAAGGUCUGGUGUAAAGCUGAAAUACAUCGGUACACUCCUUCUGGUACCUCCCCACAAAGGUCAAAACUUUCAAAAAUAUAUUUUUUGCCCAGAAACGAUAAACCGAUUUUGAUCCAACUUUGUAAAUCCUUAUAUUUGCGUUAGUGCUAGGUCAUGUGCGAAGAUGAACAAUAUCGGUCCACUCCAUCAAGUACCUCCCCCACAAAGGGUCAACAUUUUGAAUAAUUACAACCCUUUUAAAAUGUGAUUUAAGAGUCCGAUUGUCUUCAAAUUUCACACAUCCCAAUGUUUUUAUUAACCCAAGUUCUGGCGUAAAGCUAAAAUACAUUAGUACAGUCCUUCUGGUAUCUCAUCCACAAAAGGUCAAAAUUUUCAAAAAUUAUAAAUAUUUUCAGAACAGAAAGAGAAAAUGGACAACAUUGGCCUAUUCCUUCAGAACCCACUCCAUAGUUUGAAUAAUCAAAACAGAAGUCAAAAUAUAUUUAAAUACAAUUUAAAUAAAAAGGGUAUACGUCUGUCGGAAGAACCGAUUGAUACUUUUUAAUUUGUUAAAUUCAUUCUAGUCUCCGCCGAUUUUUUGUAAAUAAACUCUUAUCUUUUGCACUACAUUGAAAAUAUUCAAAUUGUAGUUUCAUAAAAACCUCUCAUUAGAUACCUCCCCUAAGUCUUUUCAAAAUACAUAUAUAUUUCACAAGCACCCUGUAAUUAGUUUUAUCUUAAAAUCGCUCCUAAACAAAAUGCAAGCAUAGAACAAGAACAACAACAAUAUUUAAUUUCUAAGACUGACAAUAAUUGAAGAAACAAAAAAAGAACACACUCACACGCUAAAACAAAUAAAAAACUGAAAAACCUAAUACUUUAUACAUAUUUACCUACAUCUAAUGUGUUUAGAAUAACUAAAAGAACAUUUUGUUAAAUACUUUGUAAUAUUAUCUGUUUAGUCUUUCCAAUUUCUUUUUCACACUUAGCUGUAAUUUAUGAAUGUUAAAAAAAUGAAUCCAACAAGAACAACAGUAACAACAACUCAACGAAUUUUUCGAUUAGUAUUAAUUCUAUAGAUGUAAAAAAAAAACAAACCAUAUAAACAAUUUUUUUAUUUAAGUUAUUUUCUAGAAUACAAAUACCAAUCACUCUACA